AUGACGAACCCGGCCCAGCUAUUCCUACUCGCCGAUCAUAUUAAAUUAUCCCUUUUGGAGCGCGAAAGGGCAAUUUCACUCGAUCUCGAGCCUAAUUCCAAAGAUGGAGAGAUCUCUUGGUCUCUCGAGUCCCUUCGAGAAAGUAUAGAGGCUCUCGAAGCCGAACAAAUUCGACUAGCCAAUUCGCACGACAGUGCAGGCGCCGCCGCACUGAAAGACCAACUCAGCCCCCUCCAAGCCCAAUACAAAGAUCUUUCAACGCAGUUCUAUGGCGCAGAUGGCGAGCCAUCGGGCAACAAUACGACGCAGGCGUCGAAACCAGCCACCCCCGAUCUCAAGCAGCCAAUCCCGCAACAUCCACCUUCCAAAUCCGUCCGCUUCAUGGACAACUCUGCUGCUGCAGCCGCUGUGCAGGAUGAGAUUGAUGUGGAAGACGAGCGCAAUCGCAGCAAUCUCUUCCACCCAUACCGCGAUGAGCCAUCGCCACGACCGGAUCAGUCGAACAUGGACAAUCAGCAGAUUUACGAUCACCACGCUCAAACUAUGCGUGACCAGGAUGAUCAGUUAGAUCGACUGGGCGAAUCAAUUGGUAGACAGCACCAGCUGAGUAUUCAGAUUGGGGAUGAGCUGGACGGCCACGUUCAACUUCUGGAUGGAAUGGAUGGGGAUGUCGAGCGCCAUCAGAAUCGACUGGAUGGCGCGAGACGACGGAUAGAUCGGAUUCGUCGUAAGGCGGGAGAUAACUGGAGCAUGAUGACUAUCAUUGGGUUGAUCAUCGUUCUGGUCAUCUUGAUCGCGAUCCUGAAAUGA